UUGGUAAAUACCAUAAGUUAUUUAAAAUGGGCGAAUGACCCCUAUAAACUAACCUAACUUUAAUGAAAUUGUGUUUGAAAUAAAAAUAAGCUACUUCUAUUUUUGUAUGCUGUGGCCAAAAAUGAAUUGGGGAGCGUGAUUUUGGUGGUUUAAGAUUAUGUUGUUUUAUCAUACCAGCUUAAAAAACAACAAUGUCUGGUAGAAAAAGAAGCGGUAGCGGCUCUAGUACCAAAAGACAGUUUAAGGAAAAAGUUGUUCAAAUUUACGAGACUAUAUUGAGGGGAGAAGAUAUUGACCAAAGCAAUAUUUUGUUUUGGGAUGAAUUUUUUCUUUUGAAACCCAAAGUGGUCAAUAUUGAUAAUGAAAUACAAAAAAUGAAUUUAGAACAGUUACAAAUUGCAAGAAAGAACCUGAAUGAUUUGUUCAGUCAUUGCAUUGAUAUUUUGCAGCAACAAAAUAUUCGCGCUGCUUAUGGUUUGAUUACAUUGUCUGCCCUACUGCAUGCUAUAUUCAAGAAAGCAGCAGAAUUUCAAUUUGACCCAACGGAAUUUUUGUCAUGUAGUUUUGAUGAUUUCAUAAAAAAGAUUCAGGCACUAUUAAGGUUUUGUCUUGAAUGUCUCGAAGGGGAUUUUCCGGAAUCUGUAAAAGGACUUGUGUUAAAGCCUAUAAUAAUUUUAAUUGUUGGAUUUGACAAUAUUAAUCAAAAUAUUGUGUUAGAUUGUAUUCUGGUUUCAUCUCUAUUUAACCAUUUAGUAGACCUUCUCUCAGAUGUGCCAACAAGACAGAAACAUGGCUAUGAUGUAGUUCUAAUUAUUACUUUGCUAGUAAACUAUCAGAAAUAUGAUGGUGCAAAUCCCUAUCUUAUAAAAUUAUCACUUCUGGAUGAUGAAUUGACACUAAAUGGAUAUGGACAAGUGAUAACUGCUUCUCUUACUGAGUUUUGUAACCAAUUUAACAUGGAACAUAUGGAGAACCAAAACCAGUCCUGGUUUUCCUCAUUAACAAAUAUAGUUGGAAGCAUGUUUAUAUCUGAAGAAGGUGGAUAUAGGAAUCAACAAGUAAGAGCCAAUAAUUCUUUACUUUUAGCAUUUUAUGAAGCAGUACAUUUGAAUCGAAAUUUCAUAACAACUUUAGCACAAACCCAAACCGAUACCAGUAGUCCACCAUCUCCCAACAAUACUUUACACAAUACCACUCAGACACUGUCAGAUCUACCAAAUAUACCGACUUUUGAUGUGAACUUGCAGCCUUCCAAUUUACUUGUCACCUUUUUCCAAUACUGUUCCAUAGUAAUGCAAGAUACCAAGACUGAAACUAGCAUAAACACAGUAAAGUUAUGUUUUUUAAUACUAGAAUGCAUAUCCGAGGACCAAUAUGCUAAUUCAUUAAUGCAUGAUGUGAAUUUGGCUUUUAAAGUCAAGUUACAUAGACUGCCAAUGAGGCACCGGAAGAUGUCUAAUGAUAAAACUACUCUAAGUCAACCUUUGGUGUGCACUUUACUCGAUCUGUUAGUAGAAUUCAUGUUGAGUCAUAUGAUGAAAAAAUUUCCAAUGGAACUUUAUGUUCUCUGCUUUGGAAUAAUACAAAGAAUUCUAUGCUAUCAGAAAAAAUGUAGGAUCCGAGUUAAUUAUGCUUGGAAAGAGCUGUGGGCGGCCCUUAUAUCACUGUUGAGGUUCAUUUUACAGAAUGAAAAUUAUUUGGGCAAGAAAAUGAAUAUAUUCCAUUUAAGCAUCAAAGCCGUGAAUAUUUUAAAUUUUUUCAUAACCUAUGGGGACAAUUUUUUGCCCACUCCAGGUAGUUACGAUGAGCUGUAUUAUGAAAUAAUUAGAGUUCAUCAAGUUUUUGACAAUGUCUAUUCAAUGGCACUGAGAUAUUCGAUGGGUGAAGGAGACUUCAAGGAGGAUGCAUUAAAACUAAACAACGUUUUGUAUAACGUUCGAGCAAUAAUUAAGCAUUUUAAUCCCAAGAUAGAGCAGUGGCUAGCUUCUGCAAAUUUGUCGACCCCAUCUGAAGAACAAAUACUUGAUAUCGUAAAGAAAAAUUAUGAUAGCCUAACAUUGAAAUUGCAGGAUCUAUUGGACCAUUACGAAAGAUAUACCGAAAAACCUUAUUACAUUGAUUUUUUUACGAAUCUGGUGAAAUGUAUAUUGUGUGAUACUAGAAAUAAUUUUAUUUGCUCAUUGUUAAAUUUUUCAAACAUUUCCAGUGAGUAUCCCUUAUCAAAGUCUAAAAAUAUAAUUAUAUGUUACUAAAAAAU